CGUUGCGAGUUGACUGCUGCCCUCUGAAUUUCUCCGCAUUUAAACUUUGUAUUAAACUCGUAUUAUUCGGUAAAACUUCCCAUACAAUUGUGGUCCUUGCAGCUGUCUGUUUUGGCCGGUUUUGUAUUGUGUAUGGCAGGCAGUGGUCAUCUGCUCCAGUUAUUUAUAGUAAAUCUCCUCCGCCAAUAGCGUGGCUUUACACACUCACGAGCUAAACGACGGAAACCCGAGUUAUUUAACUUAAAAAAAAACAAUUAUGCUUUGGGAUUAAAUUAUUUGUAUUACAAUAAUGCACAUGAAACAAAUGUAUAAAUAAAAAACAACCAAAAUUUAUAACAAUGGUUUUACUAGAGUGACCAUGAUAUAAUAAUGGUAUUUGUCGUAAAUCAGUUAAUGACACAUUUAAUAUGGUUUCACUAUGAAAACUAUACUAUAUAAAUUGUUUACAUAAACUAUAGUUUGUUAUAUAACAUUAAACAAUUCUGUGAUGGCAUCAAAUGACCUCAACAAAUUAAGACAUGUAAAAUAUCAUUAAUUCUGUUUAAGAGUCAGUCAGACAGUUCAACAAAAUGUCCUUAUAAUGAUCAAAGUAUCAAUAUGUGACCCUGGAUGACAAAACUUGUGGGUCUUAUGGGUACAUUUUUGAAAUGGCGAUUUUUGCAUCAUCCAAAAGAUGAAUAAUUAAGUUUUCUAUUGAUGUAUGGGUUGUUAGGAUAGGAUAAUAUCUGGCGGAGAUACUGUCGUUUAAGACAUCUGAGCGUGCAAAAAAUGUCAAUUUUGAGAAAAUCACAUUUGAAGUUGUUAAUCGGAGGAGCUGUUUCAGGCCAUCCACUCGCAAAAAGAAAGUUUUGAUAUAUUUACAGUAGGAAACUCACAGAAUAGCUAAAUGGAACAUGAUUUAUAUCAUAAUGAUUUGGGGCAUAAAAGAAAAAUCUAUAAUUUCGACCCAUAAAAUGUAUUUCUGGCUGUUACUCAAAAUGUUCCUGUGCUAUUUAAGACUGCUUUUGUGAUACAGGGUCACAUAUGUAUGUAAUAGGUGGUGGGGGGUCUACAAUUUCACGAUGUCAUAAUAUAAUGGUGAGAAUUGAGUUAUUAAUGUGUUUAAGUGUUUUGUUUAUGUGUUUGCACAUGUGAGAUGGGUGGGGGGUCGUCUAGUGACCAAAUGUAGUCGCGAGCAGGAGGUCGAGAAAGGGCAGGGUAGAGUUGUAGAGAGAGAGGGAGAUUUAUUUCCACAGCUGACUGUGAAGCUCCAGUCCCACACUCGAUUUAGAGCUUCGAGAGGGACUGACGGAAAAAAGCGAGAAAGUUACAAAGCGGAGAAAUAAAGAGAUAACAUGGACACUUUAGCGUUAGAGGCAACGCAGCCCAAAAAGGCUCAGAAUGGAGGCGUGGGAGCAUUGCCCGGAAGCUCCGGCCCUUCCAAACGCAAACCUGCAAAAAAAACUAAGAAAGCUGUGGUCUUUUUUGAGGUGGAGAUUCUGGACGCCAAGACGAAGGAUAAGCUCUGCUUCCUGGACAAGGUUGAGCCCAAUGCAACGAUCGGGGAAAUCAAGUCCAUGUUUCACAAGAGCCGUGAACCACAGUGGUAUCCGGCUCGACAGUCCAUUCGUUUGGAUCCCAAGGGGAAAUCGCUGAAGGAUGAAGACGUGCUACAGCAUCUGCCUGUGGGAACGACAGCAACCUUCUACUUCAGAGACCUGGGAGCGCAGAUCAGCUGGGUCACAGUGUUUCUGACGGAGUAUGCCGGCCCACUUCUGAUUUACUUGAUGUUUUACUUCAGAGUUCCGUUUAUUUAUGCACCUAAAUAUGACUUCACCACCAGCAAACACUGGGUUGUACAUUUGGCGUGCAUGUGUCACUCUUUCCACUACGUUAAGAGACUUCUAGAAACAAUGUUUGUCCACCGCUUCUCUCACGGGACGAUGCCUCUCCGCAACAUCUUCAAGAACUGCACAUAUUACUGGGGAUUUGCAGCUUGGAUGGCUUAUUACAUCAACCAUCCGCUUUAUACACCACCAACAUAUGGUGAACAACAGAUCAGACUGGCCCUCAUUCUUUUCCUGUUUUGUCAGAUCGGAAACUUCUCCAUCCACAUUGCCCUGAGAAACCUCCGUCCACCAGGAUCAAAGACGAGAAAGAUCCCAUAUCCCACUAAAAACCCCUUCACCUGGGUCUUCCUGCUCGUCUCCUGUCCCAAUUACACUUAUGAGCUGGGCUCGUGGCUAGGCUUCACACUGAUGACUCAAUGUCUUCCUGUGGCGUUUUUCACCCUCGUGGGUUUCAUCCAGAUGACCGUGUGGGCGAAAGGAAAGCACCACAGCUACCUGAAGGAGUUCCGCGACUAUCCGAAGCUCCGCUCUCCGAUCGUGCCCUUCGUCCUAUAGGACAGUCACGCAGUAUUCCGCUUUUAAUCCUCACUCAUCCCAUUUUAUAUGGCUCAUGUCCCGUGUAGCAACUUUAUCUAUCUGUUUGUCUCCCUGAAAGUUCCUCUUUUACAUACACCUUUUCCUGCAACGGCUUGCAAUCUUUCUGUGAUCAACUGGAACAAUCUGAUUCGGAACAAUUGUCUGCUUAGAUCCACAACCGAACCUUGAUGACAGCUUGAUACGAAUACCUCAGCUUGUGAAAAGAGACCUGGAUGAACCUCAGCCACACUAUCAAGAACAUGUCUGGUUCAUUUUUCAAUCCAACUUCAAAAACAAAGCCUAUUCAUUCGUAGAAUCUUUAAAGAUUUUUGCAUCACCACAUACCUACCUAAUUCUCAGUAGUCUACUGAAAUGCAAAAAUAAAAUAAUACACUACAUUUA